AUGUCCUUUGAGCACAGCGUCACGGCCUUCCACUUGGCGCUCGCCGACCGCCACAUCGCCCGCGUCUGCCGCGCGCUCGACGCCCUGCGCGCCCCGUCGUCCCCCCCGACGUCCCCCGCGACGUCGGCCGUCCGCGACGAGAUCCGCCGCAGCUGCGACCGCAAAGCGCACCGCCUGCACGACCUCUCGCUCGCGCACCUGCGACGCGCGUGCACUGCCCGCGUCGACGUCGACGCAGCGCUCGCGGCCUUUGCGCACUGCGUCGUACUGGGCGCCGGCCCAAGCGCUGCUGCGCCCUUUGCCCACUGCCUCGAACGCCUCUUUGCGGCCCAAGCGCGCGCGUGUCUCGACCGCGUAACAGCGCAUCGCGCGACGGCGCGGGGCAACGCACAUGGCUACAUUGACCGCCUGCUGUACGUCGACGCGCUGCGUGAGCUCGUGACGGGCGCGACGGACAUUAUGAACGCAGUGGCCGACGUCGUGGGGCCGCGCGGCGACUCGUCGGUGACGCGGCGCGUGCUCGAGCCGAUCCACGAGUCGUGUGGCGCGACGGCGCUGGCGCUCGUGCAGCUGUACGCCGGCGACGCGCGCGUGGGCGCGUGGGAGCGGAAGGCGCAGGCGGCGGCAGACGACGCAGUGGCGGCGGACGAGAGUUUGCAGAUGAUGGACCUGUGUCUCGACGAGCUCACGUGUCUGCUGCGCGUGCUCGAGAGCUACGCAGCGUUUGUCCAGACGUUGUGGCCGGACGCAGGCACGACCGACGCCUGUGGCUUUCGCGCUCAAGUGCAGGAGCUCGCGGGCGUGUACGUGCUGCUCGAGCGCUUUUACGUGCGUCAGUCGGUGCAGAAAGCGACCGCUAUUGCCGAGCCGCAGGCACUCGAGGCCGGCGUGUACGUGUCGAGUGUCGUGGAAGACGUGUCGUUCGUGCUGAACAAGGCGUUCUAUCGAGCGUCGCAGUGCUUGACGUACCACACUGCCUUGUCUAUUGUGAUUGCGCUCGUAGACGCUAUGGAGUCGCUGUACUUGCCAGCUAUACUGGUGCUGCCUAGUCGACCGUGCGUGAUCCCAAUGAGCCUCGCCGAAGCAGCCUCGACAAGCUCGAUCGACGGUGGUAACGCCAGGGCGGAUGACAGCGCGACUGAUGCAGCAGUCGUGUCGUUCUCCGACGCACUGCUUCAGGCAGUCGAUGAAGAUCUAAAACGAGCUCUGCAGGAAGAAGCAAAGCUGUUUAUGACCAUCAACUCGGCGUUCAUGAGUGGCAAGUUUGUCCAAGCGCUGGAAGAAAAGAUUGACGAGUACUCACGCACGAGUUUUCCGCACGAAGCUCUGAUCCUCGACUGCCUGCCUACGCCCAUCCACGACAUGACAGAAGCCUUCCACUCGAUCGUGUCGAACGAGGUGCAGGAAGUGCUGUCUCGAUCCAUGCGAAAGCGAUUGCUGGAAGUGAUUCGACACUUGAUGGACGAGCAGCUGAAGUACGUGCUGACGUCAGCAGAGUACGAUGCGUUUGGCUCGCGGGGAUCGCCGCUGGUGCGACUGAUCGAGCGUGAAGUCAUGAAGAACUGCGAACUGCGGCGCUACGAACGUGCCCUCUGCAGCGCUCCAUUCGAAGACUUGGUUGAAGCCGUUGCGCAGGAGAUAACUAGUUGUCUAGAGAGCACAUUGCUGGCCGUCAAGAAACCUUGCAACGAAUUGGGGGCGCUGCAGCUCGAGCGUGAAGUGACUGAUAUCCUCGCGCUGCUAUCGACGUUGGUGGUCGAGAAGAGUCUGCGUGCAUCGUUUACGCGACUCUUUCAGCUGCUGUUCAUUCUGAACCUCACGCAGCCGUCGCACGUUGUCGACGACCUCCCGCGAUUACGGGAAGAGCUUUCUGUGGAUACGAUCGUCAAUCUAUUGCAACUGCGUGUGGACUUCGAGCCAGCAGACGUUGCGCUUGCCAUCGAGCAAGUGACGAAAGUGGACGCUGCGACAAGCGCUGGGAACGGUUCGAGCGCAUCGUAG